UGUCAGUGUGUUAUUUAAUAUAAAGGCAUUGUCAAUUUUUUUUGGAAUUCUUUCUUCUAUUGAAAAAUACUAUCAUUUAGUUACUAGAAAGUGAAUUGAGGAUCGCUUAGUACGUGGCCAAAGAGUUUGGGUUGCAUUUGCAGUAUUCUUCGAAAACGCGCGAUCUUCGCGCGUCAUGCAGCGUUCGCAAGACUUUGAUUUAAUUUUUGAUUCCUACGACUUUGGAAAGAAAGGAAAAAUUAGCUUAAACAAAUUCCUUUCGGUUAUAGAUGACAUUGAGCUUCUACGUUCAACUUCUGCUCCUCCUCUUUUAAACGAAUUCCAAAAGCGUGCUACAUCAGAGUUUGUCCAAAAGAACCCGGAUCUCUCCAUUACCAAGGAAAAUCUACGAGAAGUAUACUUAAAGCUAGUACAGUCGAGUAAAAGUGGAAAUGCUGACACUGAGAAAGACCCCGUGGAGCAAAUUGUCUUAAAAUCAGUUCCUUUAGUACAGCACUCACAAGCAUCAUCACCUGCUCAGGAACAUGCAAUGGAGGAUUCCUCUUUUGACUCCAUCGAAAGUCCGUCUAAGAUUCAAGCUCAAAAGCUUCUUCUACCGACUACUUCAAAACAACUAGAGAUGAAAUCCCCCAAUAUCAUCAGUACCCCUUUUGCCCACUCGACUCCGCUCACAUGGAAUCCUCUACCUUCUGCCGCUGACAGGGUAGCCAACCAAUUCAGCAACUAUGGUAUCGAAAAUAAUACAGUCAAAAGUCAAAACUUGCGAUUGAAGGAACUCCAAGAUUCUCUGGAUCAAGCAAGAGAUCAAGCCAGAAAUAAAUCUAGAAUUGUCGAUCUGUUAAAUGGAAAAAUUGACGAAUUGACUCACUACCUAGGUUCCCUUGAAACUCAACAUAGAGAAAUGAGUUUAACACAAGAGGCUCAAAAUUUGCAAAUUAGAAAACUCAAUAGUAAAAACGAAGCACUAGGAGCAGAAAAUGAGAACUUUCAAUCGGAGCUUAUAGCGAAAUCAAAUGAACUUAUCCAUGGAAAGAAGCAACUUUCCAUUAUAGAAAGCAAAUAUGCGAGUGCUUUGGAAGAAUUAGAGAAAAAAGCAAACAGCUUCAACGAAUUAUACAAAGCUGCUUCUGAGUCGUUGUUAAACGAAGAUGCUUUAUCAGGACUAAAGUUUGAGAACCAUAAAUUACAAAUCCAUUGCCAACAGCUAGAGGGCGAGUUGGAAGUGUUUCGAAAGGGAAAAUUUAGCAGUUUAGAAAAAAAGUCUUUAGACUCUCCUUCGCCUAGCAAGUUUGAAAAACUCACUGUUUCUUCUCCUACCCCUUUUUUGUCAAUACCCUUUUCUCCUGUGAAAUCAUUCGUUGAAGAGGAAACUAACGAAUCUCCAUCUAAGAAAUAUCAAGUGGAACCAAAAGAAAACCUUUACAGGGAUUUGGUAAAUCUGACAAGCUCUCUUGAGACAGAACGUUUACGGAACAAAGAAUUGAUUUCCGGAUUCACCAUACUUUCAGAAGAAAUUGGAAUACAAAAGUGGAUCAUACAGAGCUUAUCAAACAUGUCCCCUCUUUUGCAUGAAUUUAAAAAACGAUAUGAAAUCUCGAUGCCCGGACUAGACGACUCAAAUACACCCGAGUUAUAUUCGAGCAUUCAGUCUAGUAGAGAAGGUAGUGUUAUAGACGAAGAUGAACUUACCCCAGGCUCUUCAUUUACAAACCAGGUUAUUUCAUUCAUUGACGAACAUCCAGCUUCUCCAUCGAAUGUCAUUCUUUCCGAAAAAGUUAAAAUAAAGUUAGCAGGUUUUACAAAAGUCAAAUGGCGGUCGGUGAUUGUUCAGUUUUUCAUGUCCUUAUUUCUUACACUUCAGGAUUUUUGCUAUAUUGUAUUAGCAGCUUUUUGUCAGCAAAUAAUACGACUUCUACUGUCAUUUUUCGAAGAUUUAAUUCAAAUAUCAUAUAAUGAAAACAACCUGGCUCAACCUUCAUGAUGAAUGUAUGCCUAAUGAACGCAAUUAUAUUAAUGAGGGCGUAUCUGCCAAUCUUUUCCUAGGAAACAACUACUAAUGUGCGCUUAAUAAACAUAAUUAUAAUCAGUGCUACAAAAUUAAUUUUCGAAAGUGUCGAGGAUCAUCAAUCAAAUCAUAAAUUCAUAGGACUCAUUCAAGGUAUUAGUGUCGUGACAACGUAUCAUAGCUAGUUUAUAAGACAUAAAUAUUCUUGUUUUCUUUUACAACAUUUUGAAUCAUUAAGCAACUCUUUUCCGAGA